UUACGUUUGUUUGGUCGUGUCCCACUCAGAAACUAAAUAUGGUGGCACCUUUAAUUCGAGAAUGGUGUGUGAUGAUAUCCAUGAUUUUGCAUCAUUUGGCGGUUGGAUUCGUCCUGUCAUACCCUGCGGUCCUUACACCGGCCAUUACUGCUGGUAAUACGAAUAACGACACUGACGUACGUGCCACUAAAGGAGAAGCUUCUUGGAUAGCGGCGGCCUUCAGCAUGACAGGCGGUGUCGGCUUCCUUCUGCUCCCUCCACUCAUGCAGAUCUACGGCAGAAGAUUCAUCAACGUCGUUAUGAAUCUGGUCAUCUUUAUAGGCUGGGUCAUCAUCGCCCUGUCCCCCAACGUCCCAACUAUUAUUGCAGGGAGAACUAUUCAAGGUUUGUCCUUUGGAGGGCUUUACAUCUGCAGUAUUUUAGCUGGAGAAUACAGUCAUCCGAAGCGAAGAGGAUUCUUCAUCAUAUUUAAGAUUUCAGCGACUGGUAUUGGUGAACUAAUUUGUCAUGGAUUUGGGUUCUCCUUGUCUUGGAGGCAGAUGGCCUGGCUGGCAUCUGCCCCACCAGCUUUAGCUGCUCUAGGAACUGUGGUGUGGCCAGAAAGUCCACAAUGGUUGGCUUAUAAGGGCCGCUUCGAUGAAUGUGUAACAUCGUUCGAGUGGCUUAGAGGAAACGAUAUGGAAGCGCAAAAAGAACUUAAAGAAAUGAUAACCGCGCAGCAAGAAUUGAGAAAUAUGAAAAAGUUGAGGAAAUCUGGAGCUUUGAUUAGGAACUUACAAGCGAUGAAGUCUAAAGAGUUUUUGAAACCUUUCACAGUGGUGUUGAUGUUGAUCAUCUUGACUCAAGUGUGUGGCAGACAUUAUCUGUUAGCUUAUGUGGUACAAAUAAUGAUCUCAUUAACGGGUGACAAGUCGCAGGCGUACUACUAUACGAUAGGGCUGGAUGUGAUGAAAAUCUUAGCUGUACUGACAACGAGUUACUUUGUGCGGAUAUACAAACGACGCCAUCUAUUGUUGUAUUCGAGUAUUGUGGCAUGCGUUUUACUGAGUUUAGUCUGUUUGUUUCAUUUAUGGCAACAGAAAGGUAUUCUGACUGUAACUUGGCUGACUCCGUUACUGUUGAUUCUAUACAACAUAGUGUGUUAUUUAGGUGUUAUACCAGUUUCUAUGGUGUUGAAGGGAGAAUUACUUCCCAUAGAAUACAAAGGAUUAGGAACAAGCGUUUUAGGAAUAUUCUAUGCUCUGUCAAGCAUGAUUUUGAUCAAAUCUACUUCAAUAAUGCUCGAUGCGAUGGACGCUCACGGAACAUUUGGAGUGUACACAGUAAUAGCAGUAAUUUGUAUCGGUGUUUUAUAUUUUAUUUUACCAGAAACUAAAGACAGGACAUUACAAGAUAUUGAGCUGGAGUUUGUAGAUAUUAAGAUGCCUAAAGAGGAUAAUUUAGAAAUGCGUACUGUGGCUAACAGUAAACUAAUGUCCGUUAGUUAAUUUUGACAAGUUUAUUGUUAAUGAAAUCGUUCAAAUUGAAAAAAAUAAUGUAA